AUGGGAGGCUUUUUGAUGCCCGAGCACUACAAAUUCUACAAGCCCAGUGUCAAUGAUAUGAACAUUGCGAGUAUCGCUUGGGGGUUCUCUCUGGGUGUGUGCAUCUUUACGGGCGCAAAGGGUGCGAGGCAGACGGUCAAGUCAUGGAAGCGUGGUAUGAGGACAAACAUCUAUCUCAUCCUCUUGUGGACGGAAUGGUGUAGCAGCACUAUCAUGUCCGCCAUCACCUGGUCAUAUCUCCGCGAGUACAUCAAGCCUAGCUUUGCCGUCUUCUUCGUUAUCGUCUUCCUCUGGGCCGUUCAGAUUCAAACCCUACUACAGAUCAUCAUCAACCGAAUCUCGAUUCUAAUGGUAGUCCGGCAAAAUGCGUGGAAGCUCAAGCUUGGUGUCUUCCUGACUCUUCUGUGCAUCAACAUCAGCGUCUUCUGCGUCUGGAUACCUGCCCGAUUACAGAUCAGCCAAAAGUGGAGGGAUGUCAACAAUGUCUGGGAUCGAGUUGAGAAGGUCAUUUUCUUGCUGAUUGAUGCGGCCCUCAACUUUUACUUUAUCCAUCUGGUCCGAUCUCGACUCAUCGCCAACGGUCUUACCAAGUACAACCGACUGUACCGAUUCAACUUGUUGAUGAUUGGUGUCUCCAUCACCAUGGAUGUGCUUCUGAUCGCCAUGAUGUCUCUCCCCAACGAUAUCGUCUACCUCCAGUUCCACCCCCUCGCAUACCUCGUCAAGCUCCACAUCGAGAUGAACAUGGCAGAGCUCAUCACCAAGGUCGUCAAGGCUAGCAACCCCAACGGGUACGACUACUCUGGCUCGCGAAGUCGAUCGAACCCCAAGAGCUCCCAGCACCGUACCAUCACCGGCAAGAAGAUGGGAUCCGUCUUCCCAGCCGGCAACACAACCUAUGUCGAGGCUGGAGAGGACAUCGAGCUGCCCACCAGAGAGGAGCCUGGUAUCCAGGUUUCCAAGACUACUCAGGUGGUGGUCAAGCAGACGGCGCCACAGGAAUAUGACGAUCCGGACUUUGCUAGCGAAUCGAGUUCGACGCGACAGCUGAAACGGGAGCACUUUGCGGUCUAA